GUUUAAAAAUACAAAUCAUUGCGAUCUAACCUAUUUCAUGCUCCAAGCAUUUGGGAAGAAUCAUUCUAUAAGCAAGAUUUGUAUUUGUUGCCUAAAAGAAAAUGGCUAGGGGCAGUAGUGCUGGUUUUGAUCGUCAUAUUACAAUUUUUUCACCAGAAGGUCGACUGUACCAAGUGGAAUAUGCUUUUAAAGCCAUUAAUCAAGCUGGUUUAACUUCUGUUGCCGUCAAAGGGAUUGAUACAGCGGUUUGUGUAACUCAAAGAAAGAUACCUGAUAAGCUGAUAGAUGGUAAUACUAUUACUCAUUUGUUCCAAAUUACCGAAUCUGCAGGAUGUGUAAUGACGGGGAUGAUAGCAGACAGCAAGUCCCAAGUACAAAGGGCCCGUUAUGAAGCUGCCCAAUAUAAGUACAAAUUUGGAUAUGAAAUGCCAGUAGACACAUUAUGCAGAAGAAUAGCUGAUAUUUCUCAAGUAUACACUCAGAAUGCUGAAAUGCGUCCAUUGGGAUGCUCUAUGAUUUUAAUUGGAUAUGAUUCUGAGAAAGGCCCUUGUGUGUAUAAAACUGACCCAGCUGGAUACUAUUGUGGCUAUAGAGGUGUCAGUGUAGGAGCAAAGCAAACUGAGGCCAAUAGUUAUUUGGAAAAAAAAUUAAAAAAAAAGCAGGAACUUAAACAGGAUGAUGCCAUUCAACUAGCAAUAAGCUGUCUAUCAACAGUUUUGUCUGUUGAUUUCAAACCUAGUGAGCUUGAAGUGGGGGUAGUUACUAAGGAUCAACCCAAAUUCAGGAAAUUGACAGAAACUGAAAUUGAUAAGCAUCUUACAGCAAUUGCAGAAAAAGAUUAAAAUUUUCUUAACAUAUAUUUUGUCUAAUUUAAUUGGAUUAUCAUGUAUUGUGUUUGGGAUCCAUUUAUUUGCAUCAUAUAAAAUAUAAUAAAUACAAGUAUUUUAAAAAAUCUCAUUUUGUAUUAUACAGUAAAACAAAAUGUGAAACUCUUAUUUAAAAAAAGAGUAGCUGUUCUGUAACUGUGUUUUUUAUAUGAAAUAAAGAUUGUCUAAUACUUUA